AUGGAGAUCACGGAAGGUUGGCUGGGCUGGGCUAACGAUUUGACCGCCCACCCAAUAAACUGUGCUUGUUUUGCUUCAAUCUCAGCGUGGACAUCUUUUGGUGCAAAAAAUGUUUGGUUCUUCCGUCUGCCCGGUACCUGCGAACGAGUCCUCCCCUCGCGCAAACAUCGCAAUCUCCACCUUCCUUCUCGGGUCGGCAAUCUCCACCUUCCUUCGCAAGCCUCUGGUCUCCGUCCCCCGCACUCCACGCUCGCCAACCGCCCGCGCCCGCAGCGAGCCCCGGCGCCCGCGCACCCCGGUAAGCGCCCCCUGUCCCCCGCACUCCCCGCUCGCCACCCGCCCGCGCACGCAGCGAGCCCCGGCGCCCGCACACCCGGUACGCGCCCCCCGUCCGCAGCAAGCCGGCUGCCCGAGCGGCAGCCGGCAGCGCCGGUGCCCCCCGGUGAACGCUCGCGCGCGCGCACCACGGUGGACGCGGCCCGCGCCCCCCGUCCGCAGCGAGCCGGCUGCCCGGGCGCCUCCCCGCCCCCGCCGCCGCCAGCGCCGGUGACUUCAUCCCCGCCUCCCAAGUCGGGGAUACCGCCGCGGUACGACCUGGACGACAAGUGGGACGCGUGCCUCGACCUCUCCAUCCGCCGCGUCACCUACUACUCCCUCGCCGGCGCCUUCGCGGGCCUCCUCUUCCAUAAUGUCAGGUGCUGCAACAUAUAUUGUCUAAACAGUUAGUUAAGUGGCUCAGGGGCUAACAGCGAGGGGCUGAUCAGAAUGGAUCCUAUGCAAAAUAAUGAAGGUCGUUCACCGUUUGAAGACUUGACAAACACCACCAAUCUAGGUGACAAUACAACAUCAAAUUCACAGGCGUGUUGGGGUUGAAUCUAACAAGGAAAACACAGAUGCCAUGAGUCUAAAAAGGGAAAGGGUAAAGGCGCGAUAUAUGGCGAUGACUCAGGAAGAAAGAAAUGAAAAAAAUAGAAAGCGUCGUGAACGAUAUCAUCAGAAAAAAUUAGUUGGAUUUCAAACAACCACAGAGAGCACUGAUGGCUAUGAAGAUAGUGAUUGGCUACAUCGAAACGACUCAUACAAUCCCAUGCAGAUUGAUAAAGAUAACACAUGUACCAUUUUGAUUUUUUUGUUCAUAUUACUAAGUAUUUUUUUCUUGUGUUUUUUAAUAUGGAGGCCAAAGUUAAAAUCAUGUUAUUAUAUAUAUGUAGAUGAAUACUCUGAUACAUGUAUAAAUCAAAGUGGCAUGAUUGACAUGACUGAUGCAUCACUUGAUAUAACCACAGGUGUUAUAAAUGCAUCCAGUUCCAUCGAUAAUUUAGUCAUGUGUCCAAAAGAGCGUAUGCGUGAGCUACAUAGAGCACGAAGGGCUGCAAUGUCUCCUGAACAAAAGGCGUUAUUAAAUAAGAGACGACGUGACUUGUAUGCGCAGAAAAAUGCUGCAAGAAAACUGCAAAUGACUCCACAAGAAAAGAAAGUGAAACGGAAAGAGAGCAAGAAAUACUAUAAUAGGAUGGUGAGGGAAAAUCGAGCCAACAAUUUGCAUCCGGACUCAAUUGCCAUGGAGAGCCCUCAGUUCAACCCUCAAAUUAUUUUCCCUGCUUCACCUCAAUCGUCUGAAGCAUCUUUAGAUGAUAUGGAAAUACCUGAAUUCGGCGGCACGCCUGUCCACAUUGCACCAACUGUAGUUCAAAAUCCAGAAGUCCAGACCCCUGAAUUAGUUGCGGCACAGACCAUACAUAGACAUCGAGUGACCACUGGCGAGAGAAAUGCCCUUAUGUCCCGUCGCAAUCGGGUUUUUGAAGCAAACAUUGGAAGAAGCGCUAGAGGUUCUGCAGAUGGAAAAUGCAACGAUUCGAACGGACUGACUCAACCGAGUGUUGUUUGCAACGAUGGUGUCACCCAACAAACUCCAAUUCAAGCAUCUAAUAAUUGUAUAGGCACACAAACACAACCGUCUGUAGCUGACGGUACCUCUUCAAUGCCUCCAUAUAGUGCACAAGAUCAUACAUCAGACUCUAUGGUCGAGGAUGACUAUGACGAAGAUGUCAUAUUUGAGGAGGACGAGGAAGAGGAUGAGGCAUACUUUUUCGCCGGUCAAGAAGACGAGGAGGAGGGAACCGAUGUCGACACAUAUGAGCAAGAGAAUAGUGAGCCUGAUGUCCCAGAUCCAUAUGACCGGGUCUAUGCUAAUGUCCCGUCAGAGUCCCACAUGUUACCCUUGGUGCCGAACUGCAAGCACUGUAACGCAAAGAAAUUCGAUGGCGAACCCCCUGGAUUCUGUUGUAGGGGUGGAAGGAUUCAUCUUUCAAGUCCCGAGACACCACCAGAGCUCAUGAGGUUGUGGUCAAGCUCGGACGUUGAUGCUAGGCACUUUCGUGCAAACAUCAGAUACUUCAACGGCCACUUCUCUUUCACAUCUUUGUACUGCCAUCUAGAUCGUAUCACCACUAACAUGCGAAUCUGUGGUGUCUACACAUUUCGUGCCCAUGGUCAGAUUUACCAUAACAUACGAUCAUUUGGUAAAGAGGAAGGUGUCGAAAAAAGACACCUCGAACUUUAUUUUUAUGAUGACGACCCGUCCCUCGAGCAUCGCAUGAGCAAAUGUCGUGAGCAAUGUGCUCAAAAAGACAGAGAAGUUAUACAACAAUUGGUAGGGAUCCUUGAAGGGAAUCCCUACUCUCAGCAACUAAGAAGUAUGGGUCAUGUUGAAAACCUCGAGGAUUACCGAGUUGAGCUGAACCUUGACCAACGCCUUGAUCAAAGAACAUAUAAUGUGCCGUUGACAUCAGAGGUGGCUGCCGUAUGGGUUGAGGGUAGUGAGCGUCACGGCCAAUUUGAGCAUAGUGUUCUCCUCCAAGGGAAGGAUCGGUCUAUACAUGGCAUCCUCUCAUAUAAUGCAUGCUACGACUCACUAUCAUACCCGUUGUUCUUUCCAAAGGGUGAGCUCGGGUGGCACAAUUGCAUUCCAAAAGUGGGUGUAACUAUGGCUCAAAUUGAUCGAGCUCGAGCAACCCGUAAAAGGCGUGCUGAGAAUGGUGACAACGAUGGAGAACCUGUUUCAAAUACAUGUGUCUCAGUGCGCGACUACUAUUGCUACAAGUUUCAGAUGCGGCCAGGGAUAUUUAAUCCAAUACUCUAUGGCCAACGCCUUUUCCAGCAGUUUGCCGUCGACACCUACAUCAAGAUUGAGAGCUCACGUUUAGACUACAUGAGGAACAAUCAGGAUACAUUGAGGGCUGACCUAUACCAAGGCCUCGUGGAUAGCAUGCAUUCGGGUGAAGGGUCUGCUGAGAAUGUUGGACGGCGUACUGUGUUGUCUUCGUCAUUCAUCGGAGGACCCCGUGACAUGAGGCGUCGAUACAUGGACGCAAUGGCUCUGGUUUGAAAGUAUGGUAAACCUGAUAUCUUCCUCACAAUGACAUGCAACCCUAAUUGUGAUGAGAUCAAGAAUGAACUUUACCCAGGCCAGACACCACAGGACCGCCCAGAUCUCGUCACACGGGUCUUCAGAGCAAAGUUGGAUGCAAUGAGAAAAAUGUUGAUGGAGAAAGACAUACUUGGUAAGGUGAAGGCCUACGUAUAUGUAGUAGAGUUCCAAAAGAGGGGAUUGCCGCAUGCACACUUCUUGCUAAUAAUGGAACGAAAGUACAAGCUCACAUGUCCCGAGCAAUAUGACAUGAUCAUUAGUGCUGAGCUACCAAAUAAGAAAAAAUACCCUGAGCUAUACAAGAUGGUCACGAAGCAUAUGAUGCAUGGUCCUUGCGGGACGCUUAAUCCAUCCUGUCCAUGCACGGCAGGCCGUGGGUCAUGCAAGAACCGUUACCCACGGCCAUUUUGUGAGGCAACAUCACAGGGAAAGGAUUCAUAUCCCAUCUAUCGGCAACGCAAUGAUGGUCGCAAGCUAAAAGUUCGAGGCCACUACUUGGACAAUCAAUGGGUUGUGCCUUACAACCCUUGCUUGCUUCGUACCUUCAAUUGCCAUAUAAACGUUGAGGCUUGUGGGAGCAUUAAAUCAGUAAAGUAUUUGUUCAAGUACAUAUACAAGGGACAUGAUAGGGCAUCAGUUGUGAUGAGGGAGACCGACAAAGAGGACGGGAAAGGAAACAUUGAUGAGAUCAAACAGUAUAGAGACGCCCGUUGGGUGACGCCUCCAGAAGCACUAUGGAGGAUAUAUGGCUUUGACUUGAGCAAGAACCAUCCGCCAGUUCAGCAGCUGCAACUUCAUCUACCCGAUAUGCACAUGGUGGCAUUUCAUAAACGGGACAAGGUCGAAAAGAUCGUUAAUAGACCAGGUGUAGAAGAGUCAAUGCUGACAGCAUACCUCGAUGCAAACAGGCAUGAUGAGGAAGCUCACAAAAUCUUAUAUCGAGACUUCCCAGAGUAUUAUACAUGGCAGUCUGAUGGUAAAUUCUGGCAGAAAAGGAAAAACUCUGUUUUCCAAAUUGGUAGUGUCAUCUCGGCCCAUCCUGCCGAGGGUGAACGCUACUUUCUUCGUGUUCUAUUGAACAAUGUUGCUGGUGCUACCUCAUAUGAACACCUCAGGACAGUUGAUGGGGUGCUACUACCUUCGUUUCGUGAAGCUGCAGAAAGGAGGGGUUUAAUCGAAGAGGAUAAUACCCUAGAUGAAUGUCUAACGGAAGCUACUUUAUUCCAGAUGCCUACCUCUCUACGAAGACUAUUUGCAACAAUAUUGGUAUUCUGCGAACCUCAUGAUGUGAUGGGGUUGUGGAUAAAACACUACGAUGCAAUGUCAGAGGACUAUAGCCGCAAUAAUCCAUCCCCGGAUCUCGUGCAACAAAUGGUUUUGAUAGACAUUAGAAACAUGUUGCAGUCUAUGGGGAAGGACAUAAGGUCAUUUCCUCUUCCAGAUAUUGAUCACUCAUAUGAUGAUGCCAGCCAUAUACCUCGUGAGAUAUUUGAGGAAGCUAGCGUUGAGCAGAAUCCUGAAGAUGUGCUAUUGUGUGACUCACUCAACGCCGAGCAAAAGUUUGCCUACAAUGAGAUAAUGACAGCUGUCUACAGCAAACAAGGUGGGCUAUUCUUUGUGGAUGGACCUGGUGGGACGGGAAAGACAUUUUUGUAUAGGGCACUUCUCGCAAAACUACGUAGCCAGGAUAAGCUUGCCGUUGCCACAGCUACAUCUGGGGUCGCAGCGGCCAUAAUGCCAGGUGGGAGGACGGCCCACUCGCGUUUCAAGAUACCCCUAACUCUUCAAGAGGGCGGUUGCUGUAGCUUCACUAAACAGAGUGGUACUGCCAAGUUGUUGCAGCAAGCAGCUCUCAUAAUUUGGGACGAGGCAUCUAUGACAAAGAGGCAAAAUUUAGAAGCACUAGACAACAGCCUACGUGAUAUAAUGGGUCGGUCACACCUACCCUUUGGUGGGAAGACUGUUGUCCUUGGUGGGGAUUUCAGACAAGUACUCCCUGUUGUGCGGAAAGGAUCUAGGGCUCAAAUAUUGGUGCUUCUCUACGAAGGUCGUAUCUUUGGGAAUCCAUGCGCCACCUAAAGCUUGUUCGCAACAUGAGGGCUCAGAGUGAUCCGUGGUUUGCAGAUUAUUUGUUGCGCAUUGGUGAUGGAACAGAAGAGGUUAACGGAGAUGGCAAUGUUCGUAUUCUAGAUGAGAUCUGUAUCCCGUACUCUGGUGAUGCCGAUAAAGAUCUUCAUAGUUUGAUUGACAGUAUCUUUCCAAAUCUGAAUACAAACAUGGCAGACAAAGACUACAUCACCACCAGAGCGAUUUUAUCUACACGCAAUGAUUGGGUGGACAUGAUCAAUAUGAAAAUGAUUGAAAUGUUCCAAGGUGGUGAGACGGUGUAUCACAGUUUUGACACCGCGGUAGAUGAUCCACAUAACUACUAUCCAUCAGAGUUUCUUAAUAGCCUGACCCCCAACGGGCUGCCACCACAUGUCUUGAAGCUGAAGCUCGGGUGUCCUGUCAUAUUGCUUAGGAAUAUUGACCCCGCCAAUGGGCUAUGCAACGGUACAAGGUUGGUGGUACGAGGGUUCCGAAGAAAUACAAUCGACGCUGAAAUUGUUGUCGGGCAGCAUGCUGGGAAGCGGGUAUUUCUUCCUCGAAUACCGCUAUGCUCAUCUGAUGAUGAAAUGUUCCCUUUCCAGUUUAAGAGGAAGCAGUUUCCUAUCAGGCUGAGCUUUGCCAUGACGGUCAACAAGUCACAGGGCCAAACUAUCCCAAACGUGGGGUGUGUACCUGCCCGCACCGGUCUUCUCUCACGGCCAAUUGUACGUUGCGAUGUCCAGAGCCACAUCAAGAACGAAUAUUAAGAUCCUUGCCCUACCACCUGAUGCGGAGGCACAAGAAGAGGAUGCCAAAAAGAUGGAGAAAAAAAAUGAUAAAAAGAAUUCUGUGGUGAAAAAACCUAAGAAUGCGUUAAAUAAAAAACAAAAGGAUAAGAAGACCCCAACAACAGAUGGAACUUUCACAAAAAAUAUUGUUUAUAAGGAGGUCCUAACGCCAUAGAUGAGGUAUUCUCAAUGAUUGAUCAAACUCCACAGGAAGAUGAUGCUUAUGUGAUGAGGAUGCUUCUCGCAUUGAGUUAUCCUAUGUUACUACGUUGAUCAAUAAGUGGAAAAUACAAAUAGAAAAAAUUCAAAUCUGUACCACUGGCCGAUAUGUUCAUGUAUAUAAGUUCAAGUAAAUAUAAAUACAUUUCACUUGCAUAAUACGUAUCUUUAAAUUCGAAUACUAUACUAGGUAGCGAUCUCGCAUCAGACCAGGCUAAGGACGUGUGCACAGAUCUCCGUGACCGUGUUUGAUUUCAUGAACUUUGUUUCUUUAAGUCAAAUGUAACUUUAUAGUUGGUAUUUAUGUUUUAUUAUAAUAUUAUUAUCUUA